AUGGACGAGAGUGAAAGGUUUGAAGAGAAGUCCUUUUCAAAUGGGGACGUCUACAUUGGUAAAAUCAAGGGCAUACUUCCCCAUGGAAAAGGAAAGUACAUGUGGUCAGAUGGAACAGUUUAUGAAGGUGAUUGGGUAGAUGGAAAAAUGAUGGGGAAAGGACUAAUUACAUGGCCAAGAGGAGCAAAGUAUGAGGGUGAAUUCUCUGGGGGUUACCUUCAUGGUCAUGGCACCUUUACUCAUUCCACCGGGUGCAUUUAUACAGGUGGCUGGAGGAUGGAUGCUUAUCAUGGGAUUGGACGGAAGAAGUAUUCCAAUUCAGAUAUAUAUGAUGGUUUAUGGAAAGAAGGAAUUCGUGAAGGCUGUGGUAGGUAUUCGUGGGAAAAUGGAAAUAUAUAUAUUGGGAAUUGGAAAAGUGGGCAAAUAAAUGGAAGAGGGGUUAUGAAGUGGGCUAAUGGUGAUAUUUUUGAUGGUUGUUGGUUAAAUGGGCUUAAACAAGGAUCUGGAGUAUAUAGAUUUGCUGAUGGGGGGCUUUAUAUUGGGACAUGGAGCAAGGGCCUAAAAGAUGGAAAAGGAACAUUCUAUCCUGCUGGUAGUAAACAACCAUCGCUGAAGAAGUUGUGCUCUCUUAACAGUGAUGAUAUUGGUUUGUUAUUGAAUACAGAAAAACAUACUCCUCCAAAACAAAAAUUUACACGUAGUUUUUCUGAAAAUAUUUAUGUCAGUGGUAGAUCAAAAAGUUCUGGUCAAAUAUCUCACAGGACUUUAUCAUUAGAUGCAAAUUGCAGCCUUCAAAAUCCUGCUGGAGAUUGCAUAUGUCGUGACGCUUCACCCUCAUUAUCACAGACCUUGAAUGGAAGUCAAUCUGAGGCCUCAUUAUCUCCCUCUUUGGUUUAUGAAAGGGAAUAUAUGCAAGGAGUUCUAAUUAUGGAGAGAGUUAGGAAUUAUUCAGAAAUGCCACAUAAAAACAGACGGCAAAAUAAGUUUAGCGUGAAGCAGGUUAAAAAGAGUUCAUGGAUAGAUAUUUUUGGGGGCCGCCGAAGCUAUUAUUUGAAACUUAAUUUGCAGCUUGGCAUCAGGUACACUGUUGGAAAAAUUACACCAGUGCCUGCACGUGAAGUUCGGUCAUCUGACUUUGGAGAUCGAGCUAGGAUAAGGAUGUAUUUCCCCAAGGAGGGUUCACAGUUGACUCCUCCACAUUGUUCUAUAGACUUCUACUGGAAAGAUUAUUGCCCUAUGGUGUUCAGGUAG